GUAAAUUGGGAGUAUUACAAACGGCCUUAACAGAGAGUGAAAAUGGAGAUUUCUUCAGCCUGCGACAUCGACGAGACGACGAACCGAACGCCAAGGAAGAACUAAGAAGGAACGCCGGCUCGCAGACCGCGGACCCCCUACCGCAGACGCCUGCCUCCCUGCCUCUUCGGCCUGGUACAGUAGUGUGCCGUGCUUACAGUCAUCGAGCGGAGUCAGCUUCAGGCUUCACCGCUUCAGACUUCAGCCUUCAAGGCUUCAGAAUCGGCGUAGCGUUGCAAACUGUGAGCCCAUCCUCCAUCGUAUACCACCCCCUUUGUCAUGAAGAGGGCUAUACCAUUUGGAGAGCAAGUGGAUAUCUCGUCAGAUGAUUCUGAUGUUGAUGAUGUGAAACCAGAUCUUGAUAUUGACCAUGUAAUCAACACCAAAUUUGUCAUUCAGCAACCAUUGAAUGAAUUUUCAGAAGAUGAGCUGAUAAGAACUUCCAGAAUGUACCAAGAAUACAUGCAGAAGCUACCAGUCCCUUCACACCAUGGCUCCGUCAUCCCGUUCACAUCAUGGAUGGGAUUAGCUGCAUCCCUUAAGAGGAUGUACGGUCAGCCGUUGCAUUACUUGACGAACAUUCAGAUGAAGCAAUGGGACCAAGUAAGGAUCGGAGCCCAUGAUGAAGAUGUCCCUUUGGAUACCAUAGUCCAUCCCUGCAAAGCGGAAGCCACCAUCUGGGCCAUCGAAGAGGUUAAUAGAUGUACCUGUUCACAUAUUUAUUUGGCUAAACUCUGGCAAACCGAUCCGCGGCAUCACACUUUUGUUGAUCCGAUUGUUCCGAAGCUUCACACUUUGUCAAAGUAGUUGGCGGCUCUAUUCCAGGCUUAAGUGAACUUUGAGUUGCUACAUUACGGAAAACUACUACUCCCUCCGUCCCUUAUAACUUUGUCAACUUUCUUUUUUUGGAUGUCCUAUUAACUUUGCCACUUUCCCUUUUAAGUAAAGAACUCGUGGUUUCAGUUAAUUCUCUCUUCUCUGCACACACCUCAACCACCCAGUUUUUACAUUAUUAAUCCCCGUACCGAUCAAACUUGGCAAAGUUAUUAGAGACGGAGGGAGUAUGAAUUACUUUACCUAGUUUAUGCUCAUUUGUGUACGUAGGCUUGUACUGAUGUAGUCCAAGUGUCCAACAUAUGUGAGCAGUGAUGCAUAUAACUUUAUAUUUAUUAUUUUGCAAUCUUGUUUAGGUAGACCAUUUAAUUUGAGCAUUCAUCAAACAUUCCAACAA